UGGGGGGGGCUGGGCCUUGGGUGAGGAAUGUGCAUUGGGGCAGUAGCUGUGCCCUGGGGGAGGUGCUAUGCCUGGUGAGGCUUGCCCUGUGUGGGGUUGGGUGUGGUCUAUGCCUUUGUUGCGCUGUCCCGUGGGUGGUGGAGGGCUUGUGCCUGGGAAGCGCAGUGCCCUGCGGGAGUGUGAGUGUGCGGCUGGUGAAUGGCGGCAGCCCGUGUGCCGGGACAGUGGAGGUUUACUAUGGAGGACAGUGGUGCACAGUGUAUAGCUAUGGCUCUAAGGGCUAUGGUUGGGAUAUGAAGGACGCGGCUGUGGUGUGCAAAGAGUUGGGCUGUGGAGCAGCGCUGUCGGCACCGGUGGCUCAGUUUUGGGAAGGCUCAAGUCCCGUUGUGGUGUUUGAUAUUCGGUGCAGAGGGAGAGAGUCUGCUGUGAGGGAAUAUCCAGGGACCUGGGGUAACUAUUCCAGGCUUCCGCGCUCCUUUGAUGCCGGCGUCAUCUGCUCAGAUGCGCUCCAGAAACCCACCAUUUCCCUGGAGCCAAAUUCCCGAGUGUUUGUGAGAGGGGAAGUGGCUCAGAUCUCGUGUUCAGGGAAUUAUCGCGGCAGCAACUUCUCUUUAUACAGAGACGGCGAGUCUAUCACAUCAAAACCAGCUCCAGGGCAUAGCAACGCGGCCACGUUCCCCCCAUUGGAGAUCAGGGCAGGAAAUCACUGGUGUAAAUAUACUAAACUCGUGGGCGGCCGAGAGCUCACAUCACCAGAGAGCGAGCGACUGGGCAUCAAAGUGCGGGAUCCGCUCCAGAAACCCAACAUUACUCUGAAGCCAAAUUCCCGGGAGUUUGUGAGAGGGAAAAGCGCUGAGAUCUCAUGUUCUGGCAAUUAUGUUAGCAGCGAUUUCUCUUUAUACAGAGACGGCGAGUUUAUCAUAUCACAAACAGCUCCAGAGAAUAACAAGACAGCAAUAUUCACCAUAUCCGAGAUCAGUGCAGGAAACUACACCUGUAACUAUACUACUGUUAUAGACGGCCGAGAGUUCACAUCACCGGAGAGCGAGCGAUUGGGAAUCUCUGUGUCGGGUAAGAGCUCAGUAAAAUCUCACACCAUAACCUCCGAUGUAACUCUGGAUCCUCAAACAGCCCAUCCCAAACUUACCGUGUCUGAGGACCUGAAGAGAGUGAGUCUCCUACACACACCGCAGGGGCGAGAUGCCAACGAGACAAGGUUUGAUGUCAGUAUCUGUGUCCUGGGAUUGAAUGGCUUCACAUCAGGGAGACAUUACUGGGAGGUGCAAGUGGCCAACCAGACCGAGUGGGAUGUGCCAGUGGCCAGAGUGUCUGUUAACAGGAAAACGAGAACCGCAGUGGCACCAGAGGAAGGUUACUGGGCUGUGACCCUGACAUAUAGGGGUGAAUACGAAGCUCUGACCAAAGGUCGCACCACCCUGCCCAUGACACAGAGAUUCGGGCCGCUGGGAGUUUACCUGGACUGGGAGAUUGGAAGGGUGUCAUUUUACAACGUUGACAACACAUCUCAUCUCCACACUUUCUACUCCGUUUUCACUGAGAAAGUUUAUCCUUACUUCAGGCCUGGUUUGAGUGAUGACGGGAAAAGCUCGGGGAUGCUUGAAAUCAGCCGGGAAAAGCAGGAUACCAAUCGGUGCCAAUUGUUUCCCUGCUUCCGAGGAAGAAAAAACGUUAAAGAAAGGGAACAAUAUCGUCUGACUGAGAGAAAUCCGUAG